AUGUUGGCUCUUCACAGAACACGUCUCCGGCCGCUCGCGCUGGGGCCUCUCCGACCUCCGCAUUCAUCGCCACGCCCUGCUAGUCGCAGAUUCUUCUUUCAGAGUGUCUCCGAUGGCUUCCUUGACUUGGCUCUAGCACUUCCCCUACCACCUUCAUUUCCACCGUACGCGACCACUAUCAUCUUGGUUACUGUAGUUUCUAGAGUCGCUCUCCUACCCAUUUCAAUAUGGGGCAAAGAGCGAACACGGCGGGCGGAAGAAAUCGUCAUGCCUGAAGUCGAGAAACUCAAACCAUUCGUCUCAAAGCGCGUCCUCGAAGAGAUGAAGGCAAGGGGGAUGCGAGGAGACAAGAAGACUCUCCAGGAAUAUCACUCGAAAAAGUGUAUCGAGCUGCUAACAGCCAAACGGAAGGAGCUCUUCAAGGAACACAAAUGCAGCCCCCUGCCCUCUAUCAUCGUCCCUCCGUUAUCCCAACUUCCUGUCUUCAUCGGCUUCACGAUCAUGCUGAGCCGACUUUCGUUGGACCCUACGCCCUUCGACUCCGAAAGCUUCCUGACUUUGACAAGUCUCGCCCACCCGGAUCCGACGAUGACAAUGCCAGUAGUACUUGGCCUCCUUACCAUGGCAAACGUGGAAUCUGGGAAUUGGGUUAUGAAUGCCGCGGAGAAGGAGCAGCUGCGGGCAGCUGAGGAGAGGGAGGCCAAACGCGUCGCAGAAGGCGGGAAACCGCGCAUUCAUCCCGGAAAAGUGAUCAAGUCAGUCCUACGGGGCUUGUCCGUAUUCCGAAUUAUUAUUGCUGCUAUGACCCCAGGAAGUGUAACGCUCUAUUGGGUAACGUCUGCAACCUUUGGUGUAUUCCAGACGUGGGCCAUGGAGUGGAAUGAUGCACGACGAAGACGAAGAUUGCUUGCGGCGCGAACGACAGGCAAGCCUCAACCUAAUACGUCAAGCAGGCCAAAAAGACCUUCGCCCCGAUAG